ACAGCCCCAAAAACUAACCCCAAACCCAGACUUGUCUGUUUUGUGCUACUGCAGUACGCAUACUCUGUAUGCAAUUUCAAAUACACUGGAACCUGCAAGUUGAACCACAGUCCAUACUGGGACACUUCCAGCUUUUCACAUUUCCAAACUAUUUUUCCUGUGGCAAAUUAUGUAAACUGAACCAUUUUAUUCCAGGGUCAAAUUGUUGGUCGUCAUCAUACCAACUGCACAGACAACGUUUAAAGUAGGGAUGGCUUGAUACCACUUUUUUAUGUCAAAUUUUUGCUUUUCUCUUUUCUUGUUAUACAAUAGUCACACAUUUGUGUGCAUGUGCAGGUGGUCCUCGGUUUACGACGUUUUGUUGAUAAUUAAAAACGUACCGUAAAUUCUUGUGUAUAAGCCGCACCCACUAAAUUUAGAGGAAAAAACAGAUUUGUACAUACAUUAGCCACACCGGUCUAUAAACCGCACGUGUCCACAUCAUAGAAUGGCAUAUUGUGACCUGGCAGGUCUUUAUUUGACAGGAGCCAAUCAUGAGCUAUGAAUAAAUGACAACCAGCUUGUCAACCCACUGGAAAUUGCAGAAGGUCAUUACUCAUUAUAACAGUCUGACACACAGUGCCAUCAUGCAAACAACAUUAAACUCAUCACACAGCAACUUAACACUCGUAAGGUAUACCUCAGAAAUAUGCAAGCAUGUACCAAUACAAGUUUUAAAUGAAAGAAAAACAUUUUUAAGUUUUCACUUGGACGACAAGCAGCAUAGAAAUUGUCCAUCGGAAGGAGGCUGAGGUCUUUGCAGCGUCCCAGUGAAUGCGUUGCUCAGACUCAAUACAUUGUUAACACUGUUAUGUUGUUAUACUGUUUUAUAUACUGACCUCCUGCGGUUUCCAAUGGGCUGACAAGUUCGUUGUGCGUGCACUGAUAGCUCGUGAUUGGCUCCUGCCAAAGAAGGAGCUUCCGUUUCUGACUCACGAGUGACACAGUAUUUAAACAAUUAGUAGUAGUUCUGAAGUAAAGGAGAUGUAACAAGAUUAGAAUUUCACCAUAAAUUACCUGCACUGUUGUAUAAGCCGCAAGGUUCAAAGUUUCAGAAAAAACAUUUCUGACAGUAAUUUUGGUUUGUACUGUAAACACAAGACUCGCUCAAAAACUAGUGACCGCAUGUGGAACAAUACAGUGUGUGCUUCAUGCUGGGCGGACGAAUGCGUGUGUCUGCUCAGCCACACCGAGGAAGAAUAACAUCACUUAUUAGUUCACUUUUUGCACUUCCUUAUGUCGCCCAAGCGGCAGUGCACCAAAGAAAAGGAAAGCCAUCACCAUGGAAGUGAAACUGAAGAAUAAAAAUAUAGAAUAAAAAUAUAAUAUGUCGCUGAAUAUACCAGUAGACACAACCCUGCUUUUCAAAGGCAACAAUGUUCUCAGUUGUGUUUGUGUUGGCCCCUGAAGGUACAGUAUAUGCAAAUACUUCAGGGGUGAGCCAGGUUAUUCGAGCAUUUCUCCAUUGCUCGGUGUGUCCUGCGUCUGGAUAAGGGCCAGCUGUGUUUGUGCGUGUCUGUUUGGUCGAAGCUGAAAGGCCAUGGCGGGGUUGUCGUGGUUCUGGGUCUGGACUGGCCUUGAUUUAUUUAAUCCUUUUACAAUUGGAGGGGGGGGCUUGCAAACCCAUCCAUUGAGUGUUGAGCUUUGUUCUGCAACAGUACGAAUCUAAUGCUCUCCUCUCCAUGGUGACUGAAAAGAGCACAUUCCUGUAGGGAGCGACAGAGCUUUGGAGAGAAAAAAAAAAUGCUCGGUCUUCCGGCAUACCCUCCACGCACUACGAACCAUUAAACGUACAUCACUGUUUUCAGUUUUAAAAAAAAAAAAAAGGAAAAAAGUGAAUUCUGUAGGGCAGGUGUAUCCUACGUAAGUGCAGGGUCCCUACGCAAGUAUGGAAAAGAAUGGAAAUUGGUUUGAUACAUUUCCAGGUCUGGAAAAGUUUGGCAAAAUAUUCAUUUUCCCAAGACUGUUAGCACCGUUCUGUUUUCAAAAGACAAAAUUAUGCAUAACUAAAAAAAAAAAAAAAAAAGGACCUUUUUUUUUUUUUUUAAGGCGCUUGCCAGGGCAGCUAAGAUGUUUGUGCGAGAGCACACAGUGGGCGAAGCAUCCAUCCCGGAAAACUUUUGCAAAAACUUGUAAAAACAAGUUGAAUGGCCAGCCCUCUGCUCUUAUCUUCCUGAGACCUUUUGUAUGAGCUACAUUACCUAGCUAUAAUCUCCUAGAAAUUAUAUGCUGACAUGAUGGUCCCUCGUUUAUCGCAGUUAAUUGGUUCCAGACCCGACCGCGUUCAGUGAAUUUCCGCAAAGCAGUGUUCAAUAUUAAUAAAUGGAAUAUUUUUGCAGUUACAGCAUAGAAAGUUUGACUUUCUAAACACGAUUUUUAUCAUUAUUAGAGCCCUCUAGACAUGAAGUAACACCCCUAUAAUCACCUUUACCCUCCUAUCAAAAUGUCUCCAUAUCCUUAAAUUUUUCUUUAUGCUGACUUUGGUGGAAAAGCUUUGGAAACCCCUGCUGGUUAGCAAAGGUUACCAUGAUGAUGAGGUUACCAUGAUUCGCCUUAUUUUCCUGCGGUUGCUCACCCAGAUGUUAAGCAAACCCCUUGCUUGCACGCAUUCCGUCAUGUCUGGGGAGCUGUGAUUUGGGCAGCUGUUUGAGCGGAUAUGAGCUCAAACAACUGAUUAUGUGAUGGGGAGAGAAAGUGUGGGAGACUGAUUUGUCACUGCAAGGAUUUUCAGUGUGUAACUUGUCACUGCAUGUGAGCAGUCUUUUCACUGUUGGGUUGAGGCUACUGACAAACUAACUAACUGUUGUGAUCUUCUGUUGUGAUCUUCUGUUGUGAUCUUUAUUUACUUUUCAUGUGGCAAAAUAGGUUUUCUUCUGUUGGACAGUGACUUUGAUAUUCCGCUCUAAGAUACACUCGGCUCCUGUACUGGAAAGUGGUUUUGUGGUCCUGUAGCCUUGGCCUGUAACAUCCCCGGGCCGCACUCUAAGCAGAAUGCAAUUGUUAGUGUUUCCCACAGGACUGCAAUCUAUUAUCAUAAUCAUCAAAUUUGCAUAAUUGGCUGUUGCAAAGAGUGAGUAAAAAAAACAUGAAAAGCAAAGCAAAUAUGUUUCGAACUUCAAGUGAACUUCUCUUCUGUCGCUAAACAAACAAGACCGAGACGCCUGUGAGUGCUUUUUAGAUGGGGGUGGGGCCCAUUACGUGCUUUCGUGUCAGACUCGCCAAAAGACUCCUCACUAGAUUUGUUUCUAGUUGCUUUUUUUUUUAUGUAGAGGGUUUUGAUUACUCGAUAAAUAUAGCGACAAAGUUUCUAAGUUGGCAAUGCUGAUCACUCCUGCUUUGUCUUCUUAUUCUGUGGCAGGCUAACAGAGACGUUUUGUGAUAAAAAUGCUUUACGAACACAGUUGGACUCAUGCAGUAACCGGGAAAUGCAUGCGAACCGGGUCAAAAUUUUUGCGUACAUUUUUAAAAUAUGCUAACUUGAGGCUGUACUGUACUGUGCAUUAUUAAAAGCCAUUAUUACCUUCCACCAUUGAAGAAAAAAAAAAGAAGAGGAAACAACAUCCACUUUAAAGGAGUGUCACAUGUAACAUGUCUCGUCGUAGUCUGACUGCAGUCUCAUGAUUCUGGACCGUGAACAAAUCAGUUUAACUCAAUUUUGAUUAGACACACCUCCUGAAGAUUCAAUUUCUCGGGAGACAGCGCGGUAUUUCCCACACAUUCAUUUAUUCGUGGCGGCCCACCAGGAGCAACCGAGUGUAUGAUUGUAUAUGACACGCACGCACAUAAGUUACGUUUGUUGUCCGCUCAUUUGGCAAAGUUUAGCUACUAGCGUUAGCUGUCAUUUAAUGUAUAGCCUGUUGUAGCAACAGAACAACUGCAAACGGUUGAUUGCUUCUCUGAGACUGCGUAUGUGUGUGCGCAUGCACUAUGGACAUGUAACUGUCUACGAGACAGACGUACUGUAGACAUACUACAGCCAGUAUUCGUCCCAAACUGAGGUUCGCCAACAAUUUUUGGUUGUGAUUGGAAUAUUUGACUGCGUUAUAGAGCAACCAAGCGUGUAACGAAGACAUAAAGAAGUACCUCAUCAUUCCACCAAACUUACUAGUGGGCAUCCCGCUCAUUACGCUUCUUGUAGCCUGGCUAACUUCCGUUUAGUUCCGUGAAUUUGCAGCAUUUCUCUCAUGCAGUUGUUUUUGGGGGUUUGUGUGUGUGUGUGUGUGUGUGUUGUGCAAUGUGCAACAUUUUGUUUUUGUUUUUUAAUCCUGCAGCGUUUAUGUGAUGGCAGUAUUUUUAAGUUUAUGUUUUCGGACUUUGUUGAACAUUUCCCCCCUGUUGACCACCCUAUUUUUUGGGGGGGGGUGAGGGGGGGGGAAUAGGCACAUUUCAGCCAGCAUGUGACCUUGAAUAGAGGAACUUCGAGGAAUUCCGCGCGCUACUUAAAUGUUUCUUUCACCGCAGUUGUGUUCAUUGAAAGCGAGGCUGCUCGGUUUGUGGCUUACUGAAAUGUCCCAUACAUAUUGGAGCACUUGAAAGCAGCACAUGUCGUUUUUCCUUUAAAUCAAUGCUUCAAACCCGAGGCGCGCACGCGCCUGUUUGCGCGUGAGUGAGAUGCUAUUAGCUGACAGAGCAGAGCGGACGCGCGCACACACACGCACACACACACACACACACGCAUUCACGCUCUCUCUCUCUCUCUCUCUCUCUCUCUCUCUCUCUCUCUCUCUCUCUCUACGGUCGUCGUGUUUUUUUUUGCAGUCUUUAAACCUUUGUCAUCAUUCUAGCUCUCACUUACUUCUUAGUCGAACAUACGACGCCUUUUGGACCUUUGGAUGAGGUUCGUUUGUUGUUCCGUUCAGAACAACUUUUUACACACGAGGAAGAAAAUGACCGACGGACUGCAGUAAGUUUGAAGCUUAUUCGGUGAGUUAGAGCCGCCAAAGCCGGUCCAGCACUGUGAAAACAAGUGUCUAAGAAGCAUGGCAAGCUGAUCACCUUCUUGCGCUCCUUCAUGAAGUCCAGGCCCACCAAGCAGAAGCUGAAACAGAGGGGAAUCCUCCGGGAGAGGGUGUUUGGCUGCGACCUGGGGGAGCACCUCCUCAACUCUGGGCAUGACGUUCCCCAAGUCCUUAAGAGCUGCACUGAGUUCAUCGAGAAGCAUGGUGUGGUGGAUGGCAUCUACCGCCUCUCUGGAAUUGCCUCCAAUAUCCAGAAAUUGCGGCACGAGUUUGACUCAGAACAGAUCCCCGACCUGACCAAAGAUGUGUAUGUACAGGAUAUCCACUGUGUUGGCUCCUUAUGCAAGCUCUACUUCAGAGAACUGCCCAACCCCCUGCUCACCUACCAACUCUAUGAGAAAUUCUCUGAGGCUGUGUCAGCAGCAACAGAUGAAGAACGGCUCAUUAAAAUUCAUGACGUUAUCCAGCAGCUUCCUCCGCCACAUUACAGAACCCUGGAGUUCCUCAUGAGACAUCUUUCCCGUUUGGCAGCAUUCAGUUACAUCACCAACAUGCACAGCAAGAACCUGGCCAUUGUCUGGGCCCCCAACUUGCUGAGGUCCAAACAGAUUGAAUCUGCAUGCUUCAGUGGCACCGCGGCCUUCAUGGAAGUCAGAAUCCAGUCGGUUGUGGUAGAAUUCAUUCUCAACCACGUGGAUGUUCUCUUUAGCACCAAACUUAGCUCACUAAUACGUGAGGGAGCAGGUCACAACACGUUGUCACGGCCAAAGUCUCUGCUGGUUUCAUCACCUUCUACUAAACUUCUGAGUUUGGAGGAGGCUCAGGCUCGGACUCAGGCUCAGAUCAACUCUCCUGUCACUGAAGACAGCAAGUACAUUGAAGUUGGCGAGGGUCCUGCUGCCCUGCAGGGCAAGUUCCACACUGUCAUCGAGUUUCCCACUGAGAGGAAGAGGCCUCCUGUGAAAUCCAAGAAGUCUCCUGUGGGCAGCUGGCGUUCUUUUUUCAACCUGGGAAAGUCCUCGUCCAUGUCCAAACGCAAGUUGCACCGCAACCCCAGUGAGCCCAAUGAACUGAAAGCCAUGGCUCUCGGUGGUGGAAGAGGGGAUACAGCUACAUUAAGAUCUGCUAAAAGCGAAGAGUCACUGAGUUCUCUGCAUAAUGUUGAAGGUGAGUCCAAGGUGUAUCGUCCACGGCGGCCGCGAUCAAGCAGUGAUGCCCUUUCUGCGUCGUUUAAUGGCGAGCUGUUGGAUGGUCGACAGCACUGCAACUCCUACGACAACCUGGAUGCCACAGAGGAUAGCGACGGAGAUGACGGGCCCAUCUGUGUACCUGCACUAAUUUCACCUCCACGCACAGCGGGUGAAGACGUGGACCUCAGCCCACCAGACAUCGGCAUGGCUUCCUUGGACUUUGAUCCGAUGUCUUUCCAGUGCAGCCUCCCUGACACAACCUACACCUUUCCGUUGGCCGACUCACCAGCUGGAGCAGAGGGUACCACGUUAAAGAGGAGCCCUGGCAACCUCUGGGGAAAGACCGGUGGAUCUGACCUCAUUUCUGCUUCCUUCAUAGACAACUUUACCUCAUCCUCGGUGUCCUCAGACUUUAGCCUGGCUGCAGGAGAGAAAGCAGAAAGCCAGCAAUUGACCACUUCCUACUCUUACACUGAUAAACCCACACAAGCUGUGUCACCCGUUAAAAGUGGAAAGACCACAACGUCUGCCUCUUCAGAGCUUUUUUCUGUGGAGAUGCUUGAGAAUAUCAGUGGACAUGUGCGGGUUCAACAACCUUUAUCUCCUCACUCUGCACCAAAAGACUCCCCUCCUUGUGCAAAGGCUGAGCCAUCUCUAAGUGAAGCUUUCCAAUUGGAGCUACACUCGAAGCUGGCAACCCUCAACAGUGAGGACUGUCAAGAGCCAAAGAGACAGGACAGUGUUCAGCACGUGUCACAGGAGAAAAAAGGAGUGACAGGUGCGGAUUCUUCAAAGGAUUUUACCACACAUUCCCUCAGCUCCACAGCUCCUACUUCCGCUCCUCCUUCCCCUCCUAAAGACUCAACCCGCAUGAUGGCCCUAGCUCUUGCUGAGUCUGCACAACAGCUCUGCAUAAAGUCCCAGCUCAGGUCCUCCGAACCCGUGACACCAGUUUCCACUGUGCAGCUGCAGACUUCUGACUGCCAGGACUCAUCGGGCCCACACUUUGAGAAUUCCUGUGUUCGGGGAGCUGAAGGAGGAAGUUCCCCAUCACGAAGUAGCAGUGUCUCUGUUGUCACCCCAUGUGUUCCCUCCUCCUCUAGCCCUUUGAAAGAACAGCAGAUGCUUGAGUUAACCAGCACGAUGAGCAGGCAGCCCGACUGUUCCAAGUCUAUAACAACCCCAGCUGGAAAACAACCAGGAGCUGACACUACUACUUCUCCGGAUACUCUUUAUAACAAGGUCACCCCUCUCUCAAGUUCAGCCAGCCCAAAUUCUCCAACCAGGAGGAGUUCAGACAGCCAGUCCAAUAUUGGACAAGGCUCUGCCUCUACCAGCAUUACCAAGAGCACACCACAGGCCGCCCCUGUUGGAAACUGCAAGGACUCCAGAGGCUUGCGGUUUGCUGAGAUGAAACCAGAGGAAGAUGCAAAGCCCCCAAGCAUUCCAAAAUCAACUGAGCAGCAGCCUCCGGUGGCUCUAAAGACCAAAAAGCAGGUGCUGUCGCUGCCCCAACAUCACACACAAACUCAGCAGCAGAGUCAAGCUCAGAUGCAACAUCCGUCCCACUCACAAAUUCAACCCCAAACUCAGGCUAGUGCAAGAGUGGUACCAGCCUCCUCUGAGCAUAUUGACAAGCCGUGGGAGGCCAUAAAGCCAGUGCAGGCCUGCACAGAGUCUGCCCAAAUCUAUGACUCUCAUGGAUCCAGACCUCCAGCCCCUCCAGUCCGCACUAUCGAGAGCAAACUGGCAACCGCAGCACUCAGCCAGAGUGAAGCUUCUUGCCACAUCCUGGGUGAGAGUCCUGCAGCUAGCCGUUUGGAGGACGCCCUUCCUCACGAUCCUGUUUCUCCUCGUAAAUCCUCCACACAUCUGCCAGCCUAUCUCUACCAUGCCAAAGGUGAAGCAGUCCUAAUUGAGCCUCCAGGAGCUGCAUACUACCACCAGAGGCCUGUUUCAAUGGGCCCACAUCCCAUGUCACACCACUACCGACCAGACAGCAUCCCCUCACACCCCCCAUACGUGUCCAAGUCAGAACCUCAGAUACCUUACAGUGCCCGAGUAGACAACAGAUACAGCACUUUAGGCCCCAGGUCCUACCACCACUCCAUAAAGACCAGAGGAAACACCCGGAGUGUGUAUGGGGCUCCCGGGCAUCAAGGCUAUAGCCAUGACAGAAACCAUGGUUAUCCCACUAUUCGCAGAGUGCACUCCCUCCACGUUCCCUCUGCUAUCCGCGCGGUACCCAUCCAAAGGACUGAAGUUCCUCCGGAUGACAUGUUCUAUUACCAUCGACCCAUGUAUCAGUGCAAACCCUACCAGCAGCCCCCACAACAGUCCUCACAAGCUGACUACCACGUCACUCAGUUGCAGCCUUACUUUGAGAAUGGACGGGUACAGUAUCGCUAUAGUCCAUACUCUGGUUCUACACCGCUGGAGGCGCCUUACUAUGACAUCGACCCUUAUGGCACCAUUCGCAUCCGCCAUGUCCACUCAGCUGGCAGAGAUGCAGGCGCUAUUGUUUGCAGACCUGGAGGAAAGGAUACAGGGUACCACUACCUUGCUCGCAAUGUUCUCCCAUCUUGGAAGGAGCACAGCUUUGUGAGCAGGGACAUGCCGCCGGGUCACGGUGCCAAGGAAGUUGCAUCUUACCUCUCUUGGGACCCCGAGGAGUCAGAAUGUCUCCGCAUGCACUCUAUCCAUAGAGAGAGCCGCGCUAGACAGAAGAUUAAAGGUCCCGUUCUCUCGCAAUAUGACAACGUCGGCUCAUUCGCACCGACUGAUACAUCUGCCUAUGAAACCCUGCACUCGCGCAGUAAGUCUGAUCCAGGUAAAGCCGUGCCAGCUGCAGCCGAGAGCAAAGACGGGCGCUAUCUUCCCAGACACAUGGUAUCGGACCCCAACGUCGUCAUGUGUAUGGAGGCGGACACGCACGUCCAAGGCGGUCCAACGGGAGACAAGUCGGACAGGCUGGUCAAGCAAAGCAGCACCAAGAAAUGCCAAUCGUCUCAUUCCACUCCUGCGAGUCUGAGCCACAGUCUCUCCCAUCAGCAGGAGAGCAGCAGACAUGAAGCCAAACACGAGUCUCCUGGUGAAAAGCUUGGCGGAGACAGCAGUCGGACCAAACACUGGCAGCCGGAAUACCCCGGCAAGAGGAGCUUCCAGACAUGUUACAAGUGCCCUGACGCUGACUACCAACAGGGUAAAGGUAAAACGUCAAGCACCUAUCACAGUCCAGACGAUCCGCCACCGGCUCCCAAGGAACCGCUCGCCCACUGCAAACCCGAACGAUCACACAGCAUGCGAGAGCAGCAGCUCUACAGCCACAGCAAACCUGAACUGGAUGGAGACUACUCACAUCACAAACACAGCAGCAAACCGGUACAGUCCCACUACGAUAACUUGGACGAUUAUCACCCAGUACCUCAGCCUCAGGCUCCCGUUCAAAAACGCGGUGGCUCCGGCUCCUACUCGGCCCCGGGAUUUGCAGUGACCCACAGUAACAGAGCAUAUUCCACAGCCCUGGGCCAAGGAGCCUUCCUCCAGACAGACCUGGGUAUGUCGAGGCCAGAAACAGAGAUUUGUACAGAAUAAAGAAUUGUGAAAUGUCCUUUUGUGUAGAAGAAAGACUUAAGGAGCUACGGUUGAGCAGCCCCUGCAGGACAGUGGACUGUUGUGCCACCGAUAUUUUUGCUGUUCAGUAUUUUUAAUGAAUUGUAAAGGUAAAAUGUAAGACUUUUUACUGGAAGUCCUGAAUGUACCCGAAGUUAUUGUCCAAGAGCUCAUUUUUGCUGUGGUUGAUUGAGACAGUAAUCAUUAAUGUAAAGGAUGCAAAAGAUGUAAGGUACUUUAAACAAGAACCACAAAAAUGUCUAAUAUGAUACAAUAUAAUGUCAUAUAUAUAUAUUUAUAUAUAUAUAUGUAUGUAUGAAUAAGUAGGGAUUUUAGUUGUACUUUUUUAGACGUGGCGCUGGGUUUGACCAUAAAUGAGUUUGCAUUUUAGAAAUGCAUGCCCUCUUACAGAACAGGUCUGUGUAACUUCACCAUUCGUUAUGUUCUUUCUGGACGUCACAGCACAACUUAUGAGAGGAGGACGUACGUUAGCCAUCACGCCCUCCACCGAUAUGUACGCAGGUAGGCGGUACACCGUGUCUUGUUCACCGUGGAGGAUGGGACUGUGUGGAAGCCAGCUGCAUUGGGUUACCAUCAUCUUCAACAGAGAGUGUCAUUGUCUUUUUAUGUUCUUUGUGACGGUGCCAUUUUAUGUACAUGUACUCAAAAACAGAUUUCAGUUACUUCUAAUGGAAGGUUUUGGUACUUCAUGGGAAGGUGGACCAAACAUUGGCACAGUGCUUGCACAUUUUGGAGCAAAGAUGGAUGGAAGAAAUGUCAACACGAAAGAGAUUUUUAUUUUGAUUUCAUUUUACUCUCAUUACAUUUGCAGUGCAAUGGAUCCCCGCAUAUUCGCAAUUCAGCCUUUGCGACACAAUUUUUUUUUUUUAAUCAUAACUUUGUUUUUAUUUGUGGGAAAACCUGCUAUUUUGUGCUCGUAAUCUCCAUAAUUCCGAUGUUUAUUGGUGGAAAACCUCUCAUUUGCCCAACAUUGGUAAAGCUGGAGUUGCACAGAAAGUAGAGGCAAACUUGUUUGAGGGGGUGUUGCACUCUUACUGACACAUCACAAACCAACAGGAGCUUAUCAACCCACAUGCCUGCCUCACUCACGGUGCUACCAAAAAUAAGUCUGUACGGAUUAUGCAAGUAUCGAAAUAAACGUUUACACACAAAUAGAUAUAUAUAUAUAUAUACUGUGUGUGUAUGUGUAUG